UAGUCUUCAAAUUACUGUUCAGCGACUCAUGGUUUCUAGCGUAGAGGGCCCACAAAUGGUACGAAGAGGAAUGAUGAGAUUUGAAGCAUUACAUCAAAGAGAUUGUGGAUGAGCAAACUUAGAUUUGAGGCGUUCUAUGAAAGAGGUUUCACGGAUUGCAUUGGAAGCAUAAUCCCGAGAAUUCUUCUAUAAAUACAUGGCCAUUUCAUCGAUUUUAUACUCACCCAAAUCAAGCGAUUGUGAUCUUCAGCAAUUGUUAAAGAUGGCGCCUUUGCUCUGUUCAGUAAAUGAUCUGCAUCCUUCUUUGAUAACAUCAGCAAUCAAAAUCAGGGUGGUACGUGCAUACGGUCUUCUUUUUAAUGGUGAUUCACAGCAUAUGAUGAGCUUUGAAUGCAUUCUUCAAGACGAAGAGGGUGUGAAGAUUCAUGCUUCGUUCGCACGUAACUUGGCUGGUAGUGCUGCAUCGAAAAUCAAGGAGGGUUGCUGUUACGAUUUCUACAAAUUCUACAUGCGGCCCAACCACAUGCGUUUCAAAACCACAGAUCAUGAAUUUCGUAUUGUAAUGACACAAAAGAGCCAGAUCUUUGAGAUUACGGCUGAUGAUUUUCCUAAUGAGAUGUUUUCAUUUAGGACAUUUGCAGAAAUUGCAGGAAUAAAAAGUGUUGGGGAUGCUGCACUAUUUGAUGUCAUUGGGGUUAUUGUAGAAAGUGGAGGUGUGAUCAAUCAACCUAAUCGAAAGAUGCUGGAGAUAAAAAUUGAGGAUGAAAACCAUGAUUCUGUUGUUUGUACUUUGUGGGAAGAAUAUGUUGAUGAAUUUUUAAGUCAAAUUGAUCCAAAUGUGAAACAAAUUCCGAUAGUGCUGAUUCAAUACUGCAGGCCAAUCUCAUACGAGGGGGAGAUAAGAAUCUCUACUUCUUACAAUGUUUCAAGGGUACUACUAAAUAGAGACACUCCGAUAAUGAAUGAGUUCAGACAGAGAAUUUUUGGCAACAUUCGAUUCUUCAAAAUUGCAAACCUAACAUUCAACCAUGAAUCGAGAAGGAUGGUUGAUGAGACUGAAAAUUUGGAGGUGAAGUCAAUUGAAGAUGUGUUUUGCUUGGAGUUUCUAGAUUUUUGUGAUACUUUGGAUAGCUCUUACUGGAUAUGUGGGAAAGUGGAUAAUGUCGAAGCGAUUCAUGAAUGGUGGUACAUGGGUUGCACGCGUUGUGGGAAAAAAGUAACACAAGUUGACAAUAAGUUCUAUUGUGAUGCUUGCAAGAAAUAUGAUGGGGUGGCCAACAAGAGAUUCAUGGUGAAGGUCAAUGUCGUUGAUGCAAGUAGUGAUGCUACUAUGUUACUGUGGGAUCGUGAAUAUGUUAAGCUUUUGGGUAAAAGAGCUUGGGAAAUUGAUGUUGAAGGUGUUGAGCCAAGAGAUUCAUGUAACAUUCCCAAAGAAAUUAAGGAGAAGUUUCUUCACAGGGUGAUUUUAUUCAAGGUGCAAUUGAGGAAUGAUGGAGAUUUUCGGUUUGAUGAACCAUAUACUGUGAAGAAGAUUUGCAUAACACCUGAAAUUGUUGAGAAACAUGCUGCUGAGUUUCUUUACAGUUUGAAUGAUGUUAAAAGUCAAAAUGAUUCUGCCAAAUCAUUCUCUGAUAUUUCAUUUGCUGAUGAUGUUGUCACUGAGAUGCAGAUUCCUGUUUCUGAAACUGAUGAAGCAUAUGGUGGUGAUUUUGAAAAAAUAGUGAAGGAGGGGAAUGAGUUAAUUGAGACAGGAAAAAGGAAGAUUGAAAAUUUGUUUGAGGAAAGUGUGAACGUGAAGAAGGGGAAGUUGAACGUCAAAGUAGAGAAGGAGUGAUCUGGAAGUUGGAAGGCAGUCUUUGUUUUUGAAAGUAAAGUGAAGAUGACCAUCUUAUUGUUUAAUCCUAUAUCACUUUUGUUUAGUGUUUUGUUGUUUUGAGUACUUGACUGUUAUAGUUGAUGCAUUAUUAUAUUAGCAUCAUUAAAUUGUAGUAAAGUCAGUAAGAUGGUGAAAAAUUAGAUUCCAUGAA